GUGACAUGAUACGAGCCCAGCGUGAUACAAGACAUUGUCCAGUCUCAUAGCUAUCUUGUCUUGGGUUUCAUCUCGCCAGACACUUCAGCUAUAACCGCUGCAAUCUCCCAGCUUACCACUUUUACAGCAUAUGGAGUUAUCGGUAUAGAAGUACCCUGACAAUGUCCGGUGCCGAAACCAGCACGGCCGACUUGUCUUCGGCGCAGCAGGAAGCUUUGCAGACGUACAUCGCAGUGACCGGUCAGGAACCUUCGGACGCCAUACCACUUCUCCAACGCUCCGAGUGGAAUGUCCAGAUUGCUAUUACAAAAUUCUUCGAUGGCGAAGGCCCUGAUCUCCUUGCCGAAACUCAAGCUUCGAUCCCUCCACCUGCUCCUCGAGUCGCGCAAAACUUGAUGAAUGACCUCGACGCCUUCCCCCGCCCAUCGUCUCUCACAUCUCGCGGUCUACAGGCCGCACCAAGAAUAUCCACACAGCCGAGCGAACCAGCACCUUUCCGGCCCCCUUUCCUCCUGGCGAUCCUUUUCUCGCCUUUCAAUUUCCUGUAUCGAAUACUGGCAAGCUCUCUUCGCCUCUUUGGAACCUUUUUCCCCAUCUUACCUCGGAUGUUAAAUAAUCUUGCCGCGUCGACGAUCCAGGACAAAGGCACCAGUGGGCGGAGAUCAUUGGGCCCGAAAGACACGGCAGUACGCUUCAUUCGCGAGUUUGAGGAGGAAUAUGGGCCAAAUUCCUUACCUUGGUUGGACAGUGGGUACAACAUGGCGUUGGAAAAGGCCCACAGGGAGCUGAAGUUCUUGCUCGUUGUCCUGCUAUCACCGGAGCAUGAUGAUACGAACGACUGGGUUCGGGACACACUUCUCAGCGAGGAAGUACGGGAAUACUUAACCGAUUCCACGAAUAACAUCUUGCUAUGGGGUGGUAACGUUCAAGAUUCUGAGGCAUACCAAGUCGCCAAUUCUAUACGCUGCACGAAGUUCCCGUUUGCUGCAUUGAUAGCCCAUACUCCAAGCGUCUCGUCCACUGCUAUGUCCAUUCUGGCCAGGAUCCCGGGCUUAACGUCAUCCUCGGGUUUUCUUGAAAAGGUUCGAGCAGGUGUAGAUCAGGGAAAAGCUGCCCUUGAUAGGGUUCGUUCGUCCAGAGCAGAACAACAAGCUACCAGAACACUCCGAGAACAGCAGGACUCUGCGUAUGAACGCUCUCUCGCCAUUGAUCGGGAGCGAGCCCGACAACGUAGGGAGGCAGAAGCUGAGAAAGCGCGAUUAGAGAAGGAAGAGGAAGAAAGACAAGCUGCUGCCGAGAAACUCGCUCGCAACCUAGAGCAGUGGAAGAGAUGGCGCGCCCAAUCGAUUCCUGCUGAACCACCGGUGACAGAUAAGGAGGCGGUACGGAUUAGCCUUCGAUUGACCUCCGGAGAGCGAGUGGUUCGCCGGUUUGAUGGGCAUGCCGAUAUUGAGGAGCUAUACGCAUUUGUGGAGUGUUACGACAUCCUCAACCCGGAAUCCAAGGAAUCCGCCUCCUCUGCGGUGGAGGUGACGGAGCCUGAAGGCUUCGAGCAUAAAUAUGGCUUCCGUUUGGUCUCUCCUAUGCCUCGUAUCGUAUACGAACUCGCUGCGGGAGGUUCAAUCAAGCAACGAAUCGGCAGAGGGGGUAAUUUACUGGUGGAAACGAUAGACGACGAUGACUCUUCCGAGGGCGAAAGGUAA